GUAAUGCACCUUCAAGUUGGUUUGACAACCGCUAAUAAACACCAUUGAAGAAGAAGAAGAAGAAGAAGAAGAAGAAGAAGAAAACAGAGAACAAGAAGCAGAAGAAGACGAGACGCCUCAGUUGUGUCUGGAACUCGACAGAGAGAAGAUUUAACGACGAAACCGAGCCGCAACGCUCGAGUGGAGGCCACGUGUUUGGAGACAGACCGGGACCAGAACCAGGAGAUGGACCAGAACCAGGAGAUGAACCAGGACCAGAACCAGGAGAUGAACCAGAACCAGGACCAGGACCAGGACCAGAACCAGGACCAGGACCAGGACUCCUCAUCCAGCAGGACUAAAGCUGCUGGUCUGCAGAAACGUAAAGGCAAAGAGAAGCCCACAGGUUACCCGUGUGAUCAGUGUGAGAAAGUCCUCACCACUUCAUCAUCCUUGAAGAGCCAUAAGAGGAUUCACACUGGAGAGAAGCCGUACAAAUGUGAUCAAUGUGGGGCAGCUUUUACUGAAUCGGGUACUUUAAUAGGUCACCAACGUAUUCACACUGGAGAGAAGCCGUACAAAUGUGACCAAUGUGGGGCAGCUUUUACUGAAUCAGGUACUUUAAGAAGUCACCAACGUAUUCACACUGGAGAGAAGCCAUACAGAUGUGAUCAGUGUGGGGCAGCUUUUACCACAUCAGGUACUUUAAGAAGUCACCAACGUAUUCACACUGGAGAGAAGCCGUACAAAUGUGAUCAGUGUGGGGCAGCUUUUACUAAUUUGGGUACUUUAAGAAAUCACCAACGUGUUCACAGUGGAGAGAAGCCGUACAGAUGUGAUCAGUGUGGGGCAGCUUUUACUGAAUCGGGUCAUUUAAGAAGUCACCAACGCAUUCACAGUGGAGAGAAGCCUUACAGAUGUGAUCAGUGUGGGGCAGCUUUUACUGAAUCGUGUAAUUUAAGAAGUCACCAACGUGUUCACACUGGAGAGAAGCCGUACAAAUGUGAUCAGUGUGGGGUAGCUUUUACCACAUCAGGUAACUUAAGACGUCACCAACGUGUUCACACUGGAGAGAAGCUGUACAGAUGUGAUCAGUGUGGGGCAGCUUUUAUUGAAUCGGUUGCUUUAACGAGGCACCAACGUGUUCACAGUGGAGAGAAGCCGUACAGAUGUGAUCAGUGUGGGGCAGCUUUUACCACAUCAGGUAAUUUAAGAAGUCACCAACGUAUUCACACUGGAGACAAGCCGUACAGAUGUGAUCAGUGUGGGGCAGCUUUUACUCAAUUGGGUACUUUAAGAAGUCACCAACGUGUUCACAGUGGGGAGAAGCUGUACAGAUGUGAUCAGUGUGGGGCAGCUUUUACUAAAUUGGGUAAUUUAAGACGUCACCAACGUGUUCACAGUGGGGAGAAGCCGUACAGAUGUGAUCAGUGUGGGGCAGCUUUUACUCAAUUGGGUAAUUUAAGAAGUCACCAACGUGUUCACAGUGGGGAGAAGCCGUACAGAUGUGAUCAGUGUGGGGCCGCUUUUACUGAAUCGUGUCAUUUAAGAAGUCACCAACUUGUUCACAGUGGGGAGAAGCCGUACAGGUGUGAUCAGUGUGGGGCAGCUUUUACUCAAUCAGGGGCUUUAACGAAUCACCAACGUGUUCAUACUGGAGAGAAGCCGUACAGAUGUGAUCAGUGUGGGGCAGCUUUUACUCAAUCAGGUGCUUUAUCGAAGCACCAACGUGUUCACAACGGAGAGAAGCCGUACAUGUGAUCAGUGUGGGGCAGCUUUUUAGUUUAAGAAGUCACAAUUGUAUUCAUAUUGUGUAAAAUGUGUGUAUGAGUUUGUGGCAGCUUUUUCUAGAAGUGUUCAUUAAAAUGGCACAGACAUGUUAGAAAAAAAACAGUGAUAGAAAUGUGUUUAAUCUGUUAUUCUGAGAGAAAGAAAUCUGAAGGUAUAAUUCUAAUAAGUUCAGUUUUAUGUUAGCUUUUUAAAAAUGGUUCUGCUUCUCUUGGCAAAUUAGUAACUUUUUUGUACUAUUUGUAUAUUAUAAAAUACAUUUUUUCACCAGUUUUGUCAUUGUUAAUGGAGAUAUAGAGAGAAAUAAAGUUAUUUGGUUCCGACGAAAUGAGGGCCUUUUUGCCCCCCUAAACGUACCACAAAAGUCACCAAAUUUUGAACGCAAGCCAGGCCUGUCGAAACAUUUGAUAUUUCAUGGUUUGCAUUAAUGGGUGUGGCCUAAUGGCUCAACAGCGCCCCCUAGAAAACUUCGUGCCUCAAGCCCCACAAUACGGUUUGACGUAUAUGCACGAAAAUCGGUACACACCUGUAUCAUGUCGCAACUUAAAGAAAAGUCUCUUGGCUAUUGGUGAAAAUUGCACGCGCGAGGGCCCUUUCAUCGCUGCUUGCAGCUUUAGUUAUUUCUUAUUUUAAAUACUUAUUUUUUAAUUAUUUUAUUAUGUACUUUUGUAUUAACUUUUUUUUUUAAUUUUGUUAAGUUUAUUUCAAUGUUUUUACUUUUUCAUAUGUUAACUCCAGUGCUUUUUCCUCAUGAGGAUCUUCCACACCAGGUACUAUGCCUACUUGGCCUGUGGGGUUCUAUCCACAGUGUGUAGAUCUAGUUGAUGUGUUCAUAGGCCUAACAAGUCUAUGAGACGGCUACAGCUAAUUCCGAAUGCAUGCUGCCCGGGUGCUCACCAGAAAUAAAAAAGUGGACCACAUCACUACGUGUCCAGAUCUUUACACGGGCUCCCUGUACCUCAGAGAAUAGACUUUAAAAUAAAACAAAUUUGUUUACAGCUGAAUUAUUUAAACAGAAGUUUUUCUUUGAGGUUCUGUUGCAGAGCUUUCUGGCAUUUUAUAGUUGCUGUGAGCGCUUCGGUCAUUUCCACGGCCAAGUCCUCCACUUGCCCCACUCGCGUCUCCAUUUCACCUAUUCGCGCCUUCAGCCCCUGCAUCUCCUCGGCCAAACAAUCAAGUUUACCGCUCAUUUCUGUAUGAAGUGAGUUAAUGUCCUUUCUCAAGUUGUCGUUUUUCCCCUUCAUCUCAGAUUUUAAAUCUUUUAUCGCUUCAAGUAGGUCUCCCGGCGUUAUGCUCGUUCUGGGGUGUCCUAUAGCUCCACAUGAGCUGCCGCUAGAUGGUGAUGCUAUUUUGCUAUCUUUGGUAGCAGAGCUGUUUUUAUCUUGAGUUUUCGACAUUGUGGCCAUUGUCCGUUUGGUCUUUUUGUUUCUGCUUUUUUUGUCUAUCUAGAUUAGGGGUCGGCAACCCGCGGCUCUAGAGCCGCAUGCGGCUCUUUAGCGCCGCCCUAGUGGCUCCUGGAGCUUUUUCAAAAAUGUUUGAUCUUUGUUUUCCUUUUUUUCUUCUAUUUUCUUUUUUAUCUUUUUUCUUCUUUUUUUCCUUUUUUUCUGUUUUUUCUAUCUUUUUCCUUUCCUUUUUAAUCUCGAUAUUUCAACUUUUUUCUCGACAUUUCAACAUUUUUCUCGACAUUUCGACUUUUUUCUCGAAGUGCAUAAUGAAAAAAAAAAACUUCCCCCAGUUAUAACUAAUAUAGAUACAUGCAGCAUGUGUUGUCUUCAUUCUAAGGCUUAUACAAAACUUUUCAUUUUUUGCGGCUCCAGACAUAUUGUUUUUUUGUGUUUUUGGUCCAAUAUGGCUCUUUCAACAUUUUGGGUUGCCGACCCCUGAUUUAGAUAUUCACUUUCUGCUAGAGUCCUCAAUUAAAGUUAUUGAAUGUGCGCUGGGCAGCCUCUCCGCACGCGUCCUUCUACUACAUCUUACCUCCGAAAGUCCCCUGUAUGGUGAGAUUUUGAGUGAAAACCUUCUUCCAUCAGCAGGGGCAUUGAAGAUGAAACGUGGCUGGGUCUUUCAGCAUGACAAUGAUCCCAAACACACCGCCCAAUAAAGAAGGAAUGGCUUCGUAAGAAACAUUUCAAGGUCCUGGAGUGGCCGAGCCAGUCUCCAGAUCUCAACCCCAUAGAAAGUCUUUGGAAGGAGUUGAAUGUCCGUGUUGACAAGCGACAGCCCCAAAACAUCAGCUCUAGAGCAGAUCUGCAUGGAGGAAUGGGCCAAAAUACCAGCAACAGUGUGUAAAAACCUUGUGAAGACUUACAGAAAAUAUUUGACUUCUGUCAUUGCCAACAAAGGUUAUAUAACAAAGUAUUGAAGAACUUUUGUUAUCAACCAAAUACUUAUU